UUAGUUUUUCCAGGGUCAGAAAUUACAGUUUUUGUCGGCAAAAUCAACGUUGUGGCCCAGUGUGCGCCGGCGAAGAUACUUCUCUCGCGGAAUCCGAAAUCCGAACACCGAUUGAGUGUAGAGAGAAUGUAGAAAGCGCAGUUGAGAGGUUCCCAACACAAUCCGUCUCUGUUGACCAUUCAGAUACAAUUCGGCGGCGUUCGGCGACGGUAGCGAUUCGGUAGAGUAACAUCAGCGAUAUGGCGAGGAAUCUGGAAGAUAACCUGAACCAGGCGAACGGCAGCUACGUUAACUUCGAUUCACACCGCAAGGAGUACACGGACCACUACAAUGCACUGAGGAACAAGAUAUACACCGAGUUUAAGGCAUCGGGGGUUCUGGGCAAGCUGCUCAAUGGAUUCACACUGGGCGGCGGCUAUGGCGAUAACUUAAAGGUGUCGAUGCCCGACGAGUUCGAUCUGGUGAUUCACCUGGUGUUUCCCGAGAACGACAGGAUCAUCGUGACGGCCGACUCCAGCUUCAGGGGCAACGUGAUCUUAGACAUGACCAAGGUGCUGGAGACCAUCUGCAAUCAAGAGCACAACAAGGCGGUCUUCGAUCUCCUCAAGAAGAUCGUGAACCGCAAGAAUCAGCUGCUGGAGGACAAGCUGCAGAGCUUCUUGCAGGGCGUGAUGACCCAAACGCUCAACAAGAUGGGCAACCAGAUCGAAGUGGGCGGCGAGGUCUCGCCCCUUCAGUACAAGAAGUGCGGACCCGCCCACACGAUCUUCGUUAAGGGUCGGUAUGAGUACUCCGUGGACUUCGUGCCGGCCAUCAAACUUUCGGCGGCACAGUGCGUUUUGGCCCCGGAGCAGAGGAAACACUUCGGUGGCACUCCCUUCUGGGACGCCGUUCCCAAGCCGAUGAAGCCAGCCAAAAACGAGAACCCCUCCUUCCGAGGCUCGUACUACGAUGCCGAGCGGAGGCUGCUCCAUGACAAGAACCACCUGAAGAACGCCAUCCGGCUGCUGAAGCAGCACCGAAACACCAAGAACAACAUGGGCAACCUGAAGAGCUACUUCAUCAAGACGAUUUUCCUGUGGGAAGUGGCCAAGCAGGACGGCAGUUACUGGAAUAAACCGGUCAAAGAUAUAAUGACCGAGACGCUGGACAAGUUGCGUAAUAACCUAUCCUUGUCCUCGAAGAAGGGCAAGCUGCUCUUCUUCUGGGAUCCCAAGCUGGACAUGAUCGCCCAUCUGACCGACAGCCAGCGACAGGACAUGGUGAACUGCGUGGUCAAGUUCCAAUACAUUUGCCUUCGAGCCGAUGCCAAUCUCACCGGCGACAUAAAAAACAAUGUGCAUUGCUCCUUCAGCAACGGCAAGGAGAAAGGGCCAGAAAACAAAGCUCCCAAUGGUCAGGGCAAGAAGACCAAUCCCCAACCAGUUCAGGAAAGUCAGAAGAAGGUUGUAACUACCCAAGCGGAAGCUAAGCCCAAACGGAAGUUGGAUCCUGCUUCUACCAAAUCCAAUUCCACUUCAAAGGAGCACUUGAAAACGGACUCGGCUUCACUCAAACCAAAUUUAAAACCCAGUGAGCAGAAGAAGUCCGUGGAGGUUCUUAACGGAACCAAGGAGAAGGUGACUCCUGCUCCAGUUAAACCAAACCCAAAAACCAGUGAGCAGAAGAAGCCCUUGGAUGUUCUUAUCGGAACCAAGGAGAAGGUGACUCCUGCUCCAGUCAAACCAAAUCCAAAACCGAACGAGCAAAAGGCGCCCAAAGGGGUUCAGCCUAACCAGGCAACGAAGAAGGAGCAGCCUGCCAUGAAUCGCAAUCCGAAUGAAAAUGGAGCGAAGCCAAAGACCACCGACUCGAAAACUGAGCCUCCAUCGAGCGAGAAAAAGGAGCAGUCCAGUUGCUUGGUAAACUAGUUUCA